GAGAUACAGUACCAUAGUAGCAGAGCCAUCCUGUACUGAACCAUGUCCUGGGCUGCCCUCCUCCUCUCUCUCACCUCUCUCUGCACAUAUUCGGCCGCCCAAGUCUCACUAACACAGCCGGUGUCUGAAUCAGUGAAGCCGGGGGAGACAGUGAGAAUCUCCUGCACACUCAGUGGUUCCAGUUCCAGUAUCAGUGGUUACGCUGUGUACUGGUACCAGCAGAAAUCAGGGAAUCGCCCCAGAUACUUACUGUGGUUUCAGGCAGACUCUAACAAACACCAGGGAGCUGGGGUGCCUGAUCGGUUCUCUGCAUCCAAAGAUUCCCCUAAUAAUGUUGGCUAUUUAACCAUUAGAGGAGCCUUACUAGAAGAUGAUGCAGAUUAUUACUGUGCUAUAUGGUAUGCUCCAUCCAGCUCGUUGCACAGUGGUUGGUAUAUCUUUGGAGGUGGAACCCAGCUGACUGUCCUUACAGGUGAUGUGAAAUCCCCUUCAGUGUCCAUCUUUCCUCCUUCUGAGGAAGAAAUAGCCACCAAAAAGGCAACAUUGGUCUGCAGUUUGAGUGAUUUCACCCCCAGAGGUGCCACGGUGAAGUGGCAGGUGGAUGGGAAAGAGAAGACUGAUGGUGUUGUGUCCUCAGGGCUCAGCAAACAGAGUGACAGCCUGUAUAUGGAGAGCAGUUAUCUGUCCCUGACCUCCGAUGAAUGGCUCAAACAUGACCUGUACUCCUGCAAAGUGACCCAUCAGGGCAAGGAAAUAAUCCAGACACUGAAGAGAUCUGAUUGUAUUUAAUUCUCCAACAACCCACCAAUGUCUAUUCUCAUAGGGCUUUUUUUGCCACUUUUUAACCUUAAAGGGACAUUGUUGAAUAUAAAAAUCCUUUUACCCGUUCUGAGUUUAAUAAACUUAUUGGCACAAGUCUUUUUAACCACCUAGGAAUUGAUGUGAUUUUAAUAAUACAACAUGGAAACAUCUACAUUUAUUCAACAGCAAGAUUUUUAUGUAUAUUACAGGUCCCUUUAUAUUUAAUCCAUCUGAAGUGGUGCAUUUUAAAAUGAAAAAAUAAGUUGAUAUACACUUGGGUCUUAUGUUCUAUACCAUGUUCCUCGGCAAUAUACCCUCUUUGUUGUUCAACCUUUUGUAUUGACUUCUUGUUUCAUUCUGUAGAAUUGUUCUUCUUAAUUUAAUGCAUUGCAUUUAAUUGUGACAAUGUUAGGACCCCUUCUGUUGUACUGGUAACUCUAUAUCUAUAUUAAUCCUUCAAUAAAAAUCUCUUUAUCAAA